AUGGCUGCCCAAGCUCCUCCCAACAUUGACCCCAAUUCCGCGGUUUACGCCACCGAUGAAUAUGGCAGACCUUUCAUCAUUGUCCGUGAAGGCCAAAGAAAGUCGCGUCUUUCCGGCAUCGAAGCAAUUCGGUCGCAUAUCCUCGCAGCAAAGACAGUAUCCAACAUUAUCAGAACAUCCCUUGGUCCCCGAGGAUUGGACAAGAUUCUUAUUUCUCCUGAUGGUGAUAUCACCGUAACCAAUGAUGGUGCCACUAUCUUGGAUCAAAUGCAAGUCGAACAUCAAAUCGCCAAGUUGUUGGUGCAAUUGUCCAAGAGUCAAGAUGACGAAAUUGGUGAUGGCACUACCGGUGUUGUUGUAUUGGCUGGUGCUUUGUUGGAACAAUGUGAACAACUUCUUGAUCGUGGUAUUCACCCCAUCCGUAUCGCUGACGGUUUCGAACGUGCUUGCAAUGUCGCCGUUGAGCAUCUCGACAAGAUCUCUGAUACCAUCGAAUUCAGCAAGGACAACACUGAAAACUUGAAAAAGAUUGCCAUGACCAGUCUUGGUAGUAAAAUUGUGUCCAAGUGCCAUGAACAAUUUGCCGAUAUUGCUGUCGAUGCUGUUCUUUCCGUGGCCGAUUUGGAUCGCAAAGAUGUUGACUUUGAGUUGAUCAAGGUGGAUGGCAAGAUGGGUGGCUCUCUUCAAGACACUACUUUGGUUCAUGGUGUUGUAGUUGAUAAGGACAUGUCACAUCCACAAAUGCCUCGUGAAGUCCAUGACGCCAAGCUCGCUAUUCUUACAUGUGCAUUUGAACCCCCACGGCCCAAGACCAAGCAUAAGCUCGAUAUCACUUCGGUUGAGGAAUACAAAAAGCUACAGGAAUAUGAAAAGAGCAAGUUUGAGGACAUGAUCAAGAAGGUCAAGGACUCUGGUGCCAACCUUGUCAUUUGUCAGUGGGGUUUCGAUGAUGAAGCCAAUCACUUGUUGUUGCAAAACGAGCUUCCUGCCGUGAGAUGGGUGGGUGGCCCUGAGAUUGAACUUAUUGCCAUCGCUACCAAUGGUCGCAUUGUUCCCCGUUUCGAGGAUUUGACCCCUGAAAAGCUUGGUAAGGCUGGUGUCGUUCGUGAACUUGCAUUUGGCACCACCAAGGAUCGUAUGCUCGUCAUUGAAGAAUGUGCCAACAGCCGUGCAGUCACCGUCUUUGUGCGUGGUGGAAACAAAAUGAUUAUCGAUGAAGCAAAACGAUCAUUGCAUGAUGCCAUUUGUGCUGUUCGCAAUUUGGUUCGUGACAACCGUGUUGUAUAUGGUGGUGGUGCUGCCGAAAUCAGCUGCUCUUUGGCAGUUGCCAAGGUUGCCGAUGAAAUCUCUUCCAUUGAACAAUAUGCUAUGCGUGCAUUUGCAGAUGCUUUGGAUGCCACUCCUCUUGCUCUUGCAGAGAACUCUGGUUUGUCGCCCAUUGAAACAUUGGCUGAAGUCAAGGCACAACAAGCAACUACCAACAACUCAAGAUUGGGUAUUGAUUGUCUUCACAAGAGCUCUAAUGUUGCCAAGGUUGCCGAUGAAAUCUCUUCCAUUGAACAAUAUGCUAUGCGUGCAUUUGCAGAUGCUUUGGAUGCCACUCCUCUUGCUCUUGCAGAGAACUCUGGUUUGUCGCCCAUUGAAACAUUGGCUGAAGUCAAGGCACAACAAGCAACUACCAACAACUCAAGAUUGGGUAUUGAUUGUCUUCACAAGAGCUCUAAUGACAUGAAGGAGCUACACGUGCACGAUCCUCUCAUCUCCAAGCGUCAACAAUUCCUCUUGGCUACACAAUUGGUCAAGAUGAUCCUGAAGAUCGAUGAUGUGAUUACCACUGGACCCUCGGAAGAAUAA